UUUCUUCUUAAAGCAAAAUAUGCUUCCAUUACGCAUUAACGCAAUAAAAAAUUCACAUAAAAUUAUGUUUUUUAUAUAAAACUAAAAAAUCAAUAAAACAAUUAGCAACAAAAUUAAUGAAAAAUUAUAAGAUUAUCCGUAAUUAAAUUAUCACAAAAUAAAAAUGUACAAUUUAAUCUUAUCUUACUCUAUACAUGAUAUAGUGUAAUUUUUCUAUGAUAAAUUAUAUAAUUAGAAGAUUUCAACAGGUAACGAAAAUAACAUAUGCAAAGGUGUUAUAUUGGGUGGCAUUGUUUUCUCAUUCUUUAUUUCUUGUUUCUUAUUUCAACGUAUGGAAAAAAACAAUAUAUUCCUCGUAUAAAAGACAAAAUAGGUGAAAUAGAAGAAUACAGGUGAAGAGUGGGAGAAAAAAAAUGAAUCAGUGAUGAAUAAAAUAUCGAUGGAACUGACUUAGAAACGGAAAUCGGUGCUUGAUAAUGAAACGUAAACUUUCUUCUUCGUUGACAUUGAAAGAAAGUCAACCUUCCUCGAUGUUAUAUAUGAAAAAAAAGCAAGAAUCAAAUAUUCCUUUAGCUGUCGUCAGUGGAUUCUUUGCAACUAUCGGAAGUCUACUUGGUAAACUCGCUGGUGGUGCCGAUGUGGAUUCCACUUUCGGAUUGCUGCUUAAAGGAGUACUUUUAAUACUAAUGAUAAUAAGCAACACUGUGGGCUACGCAUUUUUCGUAAAAGCACUCAAUGCUAGCGGAUCUUCUUUACCAUGUACAAUAACUAGCGCCGCCACCAGUUAUAUUUGCUCGGCUCUUACGGGUUCCUUGAUUUUUAACGAAUCAACGUCACUUACUUGGUGGUGCGGUAUAUCUUUCGUUAUUCUGGGUUUAUUGGUCAUCUCUUGUACGCAAUCCAAAGACCAUCAUAUACCUUCCCUGAAGAGAUCGAAGAGCGAAUAAUUUCCGAAAAUGAUUUGGAAAUCUUUUUCUGUUACUUUCUUAAUAUUAUGCUGUGUCUACAUGUCAUCUACAUUGUAAUAAUAUUAUUAUCUAUUUUAGUAUGUAUAAAUUGAAUAAAUAAAUAAAAAAUUAUACUGAAA